AGAGUUAAAUCAAGGCAUUUGCUCACAUGAUUAUAUGUUGGCUUUCUUCUAAUUUUUUUAUGUUUUAUUACUUAUAGUGCUCUAGAAUCAUGUCUUCACUUACUAUACAAAGCAGGCUACCGAACUUCUCCAACUCUUUCUCGAAGAGAAAAGGGCAUUUUUGAUUCCCUCUUUGCUCGAUACAUAGCGUAUGUAAAUCCGGCUCAUAGACUCUCUCCUAAACUUUCUUUGGGACCUCAUUUCGAAGCUGAUGCUAUGGCAGGUUUAGCUCUGAAUGUUGACCAACCGAGCUCUGUGUCCAAAAGAAUCUAUUUGGAUUGGUUGCAAGAAAAAAGAACCCAUUUAAGUUUGAAUGGCUCGUGUAAGAGCAUUGCUCGUCGAACCGACCACAAAUGGGAGGAUCGUUUAGUUUUAGAUGGGUUCUCAAAGUUUGUCGAAUUUCUAGCGUCUGGUGUAGACAUUCAUCACCGAUGUGUUGCACGACAUGUGUAUUGGUCAAAUCACACGGACUUUGGUAAAUCUAAUGAAGAAAUUAAUAUCCAAUUAAUUCAUGACAGUGCUGCCUCAUGGUCUACUAAAACUCUUAUGGAUUUUAUUGAGUCUUCUAAUCUAGUAUGUGUUGAUGUGGCACAGUACUCAGGGGAAUCGUCUACGUUGGUUUUCAACAGACAAUCUUCUAAGCGUUAUUUUGCACGCUUCUGCAUCAUAACAGUCCCUGUUGGUGUACUCAAAGGCCUUGAUCGUCGUAGUGCCAUCCAUUUUCAUCCAUGUUUGCCUUCAAGGAAAAGACUUGCAAUAGAUCGUCUUGGUAUUCCAAAGUUGGGAGCAGAAACUCAUAAUAAGAGAGGAAUCUUGUAUUAUGUAGAGCGACAUUCAGGCUGGAUUAAAAGUCACUAGUCACCACUAAAUUUACACUUUAAAAUCAAAAUUGCCUGGUGAUUUCCCUUCUGAAAUUGCAACAUUUUAUAUCGUCUUAUUAAUGAUCUAAAUGUAAAGUGUACAAUUUAAUGCAUUUAAUCUGAAAAGUAUACAGUGAUAGUAAAGUCUAUCACUGCUAUCAUUAUGAGUUCCAAAUUUUAUAUCUCAUAUAUGUAAUAUUGAGUAAUGUAAAAGUGUGUGGUUAUCAUUAGUGGAUAAAAACACUGUUAAAGUUUCUUGAAACAUUUGUUCAGUUUCACAGGAAUUUCUCUACCUUGAACGUUUGAUAUUCAUGUGCUCAUUCAAUGUAAAAUAACUUACAUCAUGAUGCAAGUUUUCUGCUAUAAAAUAUGUACAACUUUAAUAAAAAUCUACGUUUAAAAAUUCUCAAGUAAACCGGACCGAAAUAAGAAAACAGUAACACAAAAUUUUCAGCUACCAUUCAGGUAGUGAUUGUAUACUUGAAAAGAUGUAUAAAUUUAUUGCAUGGCUUUGUGCGGUCAUUAAGUAGUUCUAACAUAAUUUUUACAUUUUAAAAUAAUUUCACUUAUUACUUUUUUGAAAAAAAUCCAGCAGAAGGUAUGAAAUUCAAGACUAGGUUUUUUUUAUAAUUAUGGUAAGUUACUUGUAUUCUAAAAACAUUAUUAGGGUAACUGACAAAGCUGAUAUUGAUAGAUAUUAGACUAUCCGUUCAAAAGAAAGGGUUUUUGAAAUUUUCGAAUAAUGUUAAUUAAAUGACCUCAUAACUAAAAAUUACCAUAUCAAACCCUCAUAUGGUAACCUUUUUGUUCAACUGAAAGAAAGUGAUUAUAAUAUAGGUGUGUUAACGGGAUGUAAAUUCGAUUGAAGGAUGUUUCUUACAGGAUUGUGUUGGGGCGCUCUGACUGGCUAUUUCAUAACCAAUCAGCGCUAGUGGAUACUUGGAAAAGACAAUAGGAUCUUUUCAUGUAACAACUACAAAUAUACUAACGUUUUUAUUAUUGUGAUUCUGUGAUACUUAGAAGCAUUUGGAUUAUCAUAUGAUCUAGGAAUCCCCGAAAUAGCACAAUUCAUGUUAGGUAGAACUAGGUGAGCACAAACGAACGUAUUGUAUUUGGAAUUCAAAGUCAGGCACACAUCAAGUACAAAAGAAUUAUUAGUUCAUACAAACACCACAGAUUCCUACUUCCAUGCAACCUUGUUAUUUGGAAUGUAAUUACGUUCCUGUUCAACCGUGUUCUGACUUGAGGACUUGUCGAGUAAGUGGGUGUCCAAGAAUACUGGACAAUAAGAAUAGCUGAGUCGUAAUAAGAGAUUAUAACAAAAUGCCUUCGAAAUAUUCUAGAUAUAGUUUGGAUUAUACCUUCAGUUUUCAUUAAAAUCACCAAGCAUGAUAUUUUCUAUAAUCUUUCCUUAUAUUUUUGACUUAUUGUAUGUAGAUAUAAUAGAUUAUUUCUUACGUGGUUGUUGUUUAAUGAAACUUGUAUAAUUUCUGUGUUAGAAAGCCAUUUGACAAUGAAUUGUAGUCUUCAUGUGUUUGCUUUAAUGAAUGAGGGUAUUGUUAACAUACUUUAUGAUAACUAAUAGGUAUCGCGCUUUUUUCCUUUUAGGUUAUUUUAAUGUUUAACCCAUCAGAAAUUUUUUGGGAUCGUGACACGCCUCAUAUUACGUGUCCCGGCGCUUACCUUCAUAUACUUAAUUGUGACUUUUAUGGAAAUCCAGGUGUUCUGGUUGCUCACGUAUGGGGUGGUUCAAAGCUCAGGAUCACUGGUCGAUCUGAUCAAGCUGUCGUCAAAACUUUACUAGAUUUAUUAGGUGGUAUGUACCCUUCUCAGUGUCCAUUGCCUGAACCUAUAUACACUCACGUUACUCGAUGGUCAGAAGACCCGUUUAGUUUGGGUGCUUACACUGCUGGUGAGGUUGGCUGCAGUGAUGCUGAUCGACAAGCUUAUGCAAGUAGCCUGCCUUCCACAGUUUGUCCGAAGUUGCUUUUUGCAGGUGAAGGUACCGUUGACAGUUCUGGUGGUCAACAAUGUACUCAUGGUGCUUUCUCAUCAGGCGUUGAUCGUGCUUUAGAUGUUUUAGAUCAUAUUCAAGGUAGCCGUUGCCGUUUACGUGAUGUGCGCAUCAUUGAUUAUCUCACUGGACAUCGUUAUGACCUAUUCCCUCCUCAUGAGAUGGUACGAAGAACAAAAAAGCGGAAAAUAGCAAACUUGACUGUAGACUGUAAAAAACCUAAUGCUAAUUCGGCUGGUAAACAAGAGUCAUCGUUGGCUAAAUGUAUCCGAUCUAGCCAGGAACUGGUAAGCACAGAGUCAUCAGAUAGCCAGUGUUCUGAAGGUGAUUCAAGUCCAUCUAUUUUGGAUUUUGAAUCUAUUGAAUCCUGUAUAUUGUUUCCUAAGCCAACACGGCGUUCAACUCGCCUUACUACAUGGAUUUCCUCUCAAGCAUCUUCGUCUCUUCGAAGAGAGUCCAUUUUAAUGUACCACAAAAAAAGACACUCCGGGAGUUUUAAUGCUCUAAAUAACUACAGUAAGCGUUGUAGUCAAGUUAUGUCAACUGAUAGUCGUGCUAUUUCAAAAAUUAUUGAUGGAAAGCAUCCAUUUUCUUGCUUCACAGGAGACCACAAUUCUAAUCUGCUCUCGAAAUCUGUAUCGGAUUCGCUACCGUCAUCUGUUAGUCCAACUCUACUCACAAAGACUUGUCUUUCAAGUAUACAUACUUCAUCCCCCCUUUCUGAUACGGCUGGCUGUAUACUAAUAGAUUGUAAUGAAAAUUUGAAAAACUUUUCUCUUCCUAUAAACUCUGUAUCCCAAUCUACCGAAAGCGAUUUAGAACCUGAUAUAAAAGGUUUGUUAUUUUCAGAUGGUUUAUUAAACAAUAAUAACGAUUGUAACAUAGAUUCUACACUGCAUUCAAAUAUGUCUCUUAAUAACCGUUCCAACGAAAAAAUCAUCGAUCAUAUCAAGCCAACUAACUAUGAACCUGUUUUUGGUGCUCUUCCAUUCACAGGAGCUUGUAAUAACUCAGGACUUCAAACUAAAUCUUUCUCUUUUAAAGAGGCUUUAAUUAUAAAAGAUGUACCAAUUUCCAUGUAAAAAGCAAACUGUGUUACUUAUUCAACUUUUAGUUUUAUCUUUCUUUUUCAUCAUUGCAUUUCCUCCUCUUUAUGUUCUCAUGUUUUGUAAUUAAUUAUAGUGACUUAUAUAGUUUGCUAAUUUCCCAAGUUUCUUUGUGAUUUAUUUUAAAAGUUGUUUUCCUACUGUGAUUAAAUCUACUUGUGCUGCUUUUGGUUGCUUAUAUACUUUGUCUAAAAAAUACUCAUAAUAUCUCUUUUCAUUAGUAAUAUGUGUUCUUCAAAUAAUGUAUCAUAAUAUUUAGUGAUAAUUCAUAUUCACAAUAUAGUAUUGUAGCCUCUUAUAUAUAUAUAAUCAUUGUCUUCAAUGGUUUGACUCUACCUUGCCUUCUGUCCUUGUUCUUUGCUGUCAAAUAAACUAAUUUAGUAUUAUUGCAGUCAACUAUCUUGUUAAUAUGUUAUAUAUUUAUUAAUCUUUUCUAAGCAUUUUCUGUUGUCAAAACUAUUUGUAUAUAUUUUUAAAAGGUGUUUACUCUGGUUAAUUACAUAAUUCGU